UUAUAAUUGAAAUAGACUUAAUUGAAUAGAUACAAUGAGUUUUGACUCCUUAAGUGGUCUGGAUUUGAAUGGGGCCUUUAAAAUCGCCAAUUUCUCUGUCGCAGGUUUGACGGUGAUUUCUGGUAUAUCUCAAUUAUUCAGUGGAUUUCAUUCAUUUCUUUCUGGUCUUUAUAUUAUAGCAUUUGGUUUAGGUAUUGGAUUCCUUGAAUUUAGAGUACCUUCAGAAGCGUACACGUACGCUUCUUUCUUGUUUUCAUUCAUUGGUCGUGGUAUAUUCUAUACUUUUCUAGGAAUUAGCAUUAAUCUGUCUAGUAUCUUUAGAAUCUUGGCUGCACUUUUGGUUUUCAUUAUUGGGGUCGUUUAUAUCGGACUCGAAGCAGUUCCAAGCAUUUCUCCUCCCCAAAACAUGAAUGCUGAAGGAAUUGCUAUAAAUGAUGAAGAUAUCAUUUGAACAGACUGCCUGCUUCUCAUUCUCAAUUAGCAAAGCAAUCCCACUUUUUCAGCCUCUAAGUAAGACACCCCAAUAAACUUUCGAGUCACUUGUUUAGUUUAGAAAUCUGUUUCUUGUAGAAGUUGCAAACGAAAAAUUAUAGCCCUUAAAAUAGAAUUGAUAAAUUAGAUUGUGCGCUAACUGUCAUUUUUUUGCUGUUGCAUUUGUA